AACACGCUUCGCUUAAGGGGCCCAUCCACAGGCGAGCAUGUUGUGCUCGACGAAAUUUUUCCUGUAGAUGGUAGUGUUCGUUGUCAAAUUUUGUAUUCGACAAAAUGUUCAAAUAAAAUGUAAAUCGUUCUAUUUUGACAACGUUGGCAACAACAUGCUCGAGAAUGGAUGGCAAUGUUGGCACGAACGUCAUUUGGAAAAUCGUUUUGGUAGAGCAAAAUGAACAAAACAUUCCUACAAGAUUUUAUUUAUUGCCUAAAAAAUGAACCUGCUCUAUGGCACGCCAAAAGCGAUGCAUAUAAAAUCAAGCAUGUGCGUAAUAAUGCAUGGGAAGUUCUACUCAAAAUACAUAUAUAAAGAGUUCGAUGAGCACGCAAAACUAGAAGCCGUUAAGAAAAAAGUCAAUUCGCGUCAUAUAGACGAGAACUACAAAAGGUGCAUCGAAGUGAAAAAUCAGGCGCUGGAGCGGACGAUGUGUACCAGCCGAGCUUGUGGUACUUCAGUGAUCUGUCUUUUCUUAAUGAAACAGAAUCCUCGGUCGAUGGAAUCAGCACUUUUGAUGACGGCCCAGCAAGUUACAUACCGAAGGCGCCGAAACGAAAACCGGAUGAAUCUACGCCGUUCCUACAGAAAGCAGUAGCGCACUUGGACAACAUAAGCGCAAAGCAACAAAGGUGUGAAGCGGACAUAUAUGCGGAAGGGUGGGCUGCCAUGUUCAAGCAGUUAUCAAAGAAGUAGCAGCUUUUUGCGAAAAACGCAUAAACGAGAUCCUCAUGCAAGGGCGCAUGAAUAUGCUGACGUACCAAGGGGUGUCAAGUAUUGCAAAUAUUUCUAAUAAUACAAAUUCUAAUGGUCAAUGCCAGAUGCCAGUAUUCAUGUAUCCACGAAAACAAAUGUAUCGUGAGAGCACUCCACAUAUGAGCGACUCAAAUAGAUCUUCUUUUUCGUCUAAUCAAUUGGAAGACAACAAAAAUGAUAUAAUAACAACCAAAAAAGGAACCGUUUCUGUUACAUCCUUUGAAGUCUUAUUCUACAGCGAUGAAUAAACCAAUGUAGUACAAAAUACAGGGUGGGCCAUUUGAAGUUGACCCACAUGAUUCCUAAAACAAAAACAAAUAAA